UUCCCGCUUGGCGCUGGUUUCGUUUCUCUCUCUGUUCAGAUUUUCAGUUUUCUCAGUCAUACAGGAACGAUUUGUGGUUAUUCAAACCAAUUGCUACUGUGGCGGAGGCCAGGGAAUUUAAACCAAGUUUUUCGUAACAAAACCCUAAUCUGCAGAAUCGCUGUCGUAUCCCGCCGAGGAAAUUGCGGACUGUUAGGGUAGGCGUUUGGGUUUUCCAGUCUUUAGGAUGGGCAUUCAAAGAGGAACUUCGCCUCCUAUAUCGAUGAACAUGUACGAAGUCUUCAAUGACUUCAAAGGCCGUAGGGCUGCCCUCAUCAAAGCCCUCACUACUGAUAGUGCAAAAUUUUUUCAGGAGUGUGAUCCUGCACAAGAGAACCUGUGUUUAUAUGGGUUACCCAAUGAAACGUGGAGAGUGCACCUGCCUGCUGAGGAGGUGCCCCCUGAUAUUCCCGAGCCGGCACUGGGAAUAAAUUUUUCCAGAGAUGGAAUGCCGAAAAGGGAUUGGUUACUUCUUGUUGCAGUUCACAGCGACUCUUGGCUGCUUUCUGUUGCAUUCUUCUUUGCUUCAAAAUGUGAAUUCGAUAAGAAUGAAAGGACGAUGCUUUUCCAGAUGAUCAACGAUCUCCCAACUGUGUAUGAGGCUGUGAUGGAAUCUUGUAUACCGACGAUAAGUCAAGCUGCAGCUCACAAUGACAACAACAAUAGCCAAUCCAGCAGAGAACACGCUGGAACCAAGCGCAAAAAUGAAGCAGAAUCCCCACCAACGGAAGAGGAUGAUGAUGAUGGGGUAGUUGAAGAAUUCAAAGACGAGGAUGAGGCUGAGGCUGAGGCUGAAGCAACAUUAUGUGGAGCUUGUGGAAAUAACUACGACCCAGAUGGAUUCUGGAUUUGCUGCGACAUUUGCGAGAAAUGGUUCCAUGGCAAGUGCGUGAAGAUAACGCCAGCAAGAGCCGUGCACAUAAAGCAGUACAGUUGCCCCGACUGCAGCAGGCGCGGCUGAUUUUAACUCGACUGUGAUCGAAUUCGGGUGUUCAGCCGCCACAAACAAUAAUGUGAGGUUUUAGCAGCUCUAUUCUUUUUCUUUCUCAGUGUUCAUAUUUCUCUGCUGAAUUCUGUCUUUGUGGAUUCUUACUUAGGAAAUUCUUAAGAUUGUUUUUUUGAUUGAAUUGAGGAAUUUCAUAAACCUUUCUUCUAGGAAUUUUUUUAAUUUUGGUACCAUUUUAGCUGUAUUUAAUCAAUUCAUCUUGAUGCUCAUGCUGAACCCCAUCAGCCAUCACCAUGUUUUGUACAGAUUUUUUGUAUGUGUUUUGAUAAAUAUUUUUUUGCCUACCUAUGUUAGAAUUUUGAAUAAUUCAGCAGACAAAUUUACGUUCUGUUUAUGUGUACCUUUAAGUCACACUUCUUGAUUUUAUCUAAUUACUUAA